AAGCAAUACAAGCAAAAGAGUCAAGGAAUAUGGCUAGAUUCGCAGACGAUAUGACAAACACAUGUAGCUUUGCUGAAAUUCGUCGUCACGUUUGGACAGUACUAACAGUUGAAUACAACUUGCAAUCAGCAGGUGGAUGGAUCUGGCAUAGACCAUCUCCAAAAGGAAAAGUGCAGCUGCAGCUAGUGAUGUCAGUAUUGGUGUUGAAAGUUAAAAUGUAGCAAAUGAUGAGGGUCUGUAUUAAACAUUAACGUCAAAUGUCGUUUAAGUUGUAAUUGGACUAGAUGCGCUGUACUCUUGUGCUAAGUGAAAAAUCUUUGCAAGUUGAAACCGUCAUUGAAAUAUUUCGGCCAUGGAUGGAAAUGGCACUAAGAGUACCCUGACUGACAAGUUAGUCACGGAAGCCCCAGGGAGUCCCUAUAGCCUGAGCAUGACCAUCUUGAUCUUGCAACUUCUGAGCAUGGUCACCGUGUUCCUCAUUACGCUGGCUGGAGCACUCCUGCCAUUGAAGGUGAUCGGGAGAAAGGCAACGCAGUCUAUCAAACGACGCCAGCGCUCGGAGAAGAUCUUGAGCUACUGCAACUGCCUGGCAGGCGGCGUGUUCCUGGCCACCUGCUUUCUUGGCCUGAUCCCUGCCGCCAGGGAGAAAUUCCAUCAGAUUUUUCAGGAGAAGAAGAUCAACGUGGACUAUCCAUUCUGCGAGGCGGCCGUGGUGCUGGGAUUUUUCCUAAUCCUGACUUUGGAGCAACUGGCAUUGUCCCUGCAGCAGCAAUGGAACAGCAGGAACAAGGUCAGUGAGAUCCAGAUGAAAAAAGUCAGCAUAAAGUUCAGCGCCCAGGACGGAAAGGUCAAAGCUGACACAACUGAUCUUGAGGACAGUGAAGAAGACGAAGAUCUGUUCGAUAGAGACUCGGACAGGCGGCCCAUGCUUGGGUCAUCAAGGGGGGAUGCAGAGGCGAGAAAUGGGGGUCACCGAAGGGUCAAUGCUGCACAAACCAAUGAAACAGGCGAUGGCGAUGUUGAGCCCGGCGACCAUUCCCAUGGACACAGUCACCUUAGUAACAUCAACAACUCCGGGUUGCUGCGGUCGCUCAUCCUCCUCUUCGCACUGUCGACGCACUCUGUCUUCGAGGGCAUGGCCCUGGGACUCCAGGAGAAUGUCAAACGCAUUCUGUAUCUUCUAAUUGCGAUGCUAGCCCACGAGAGCCUGGCUGCCUUCGCCCUGGGUGCCAGCCUCAUCAAGAAUUCAGUCAACACCUACGCGUUUGUCAUCUACGGGGUCGUCUUUGCCGGGAUGAUUCCAUCCGGUAUCGCACUCGGCCUCUGGAUCCGGGCUUCCCGCGGCUUUGGAGCUAUCAUCUGCUCGGCAAUCAUGCAGGCUGUCGCCGCCGGCAUCUUCAUCUUUGUCACGUUUUUUGAGAUCCUGAACCACGAGUUUGAGGUGCAUAGAAAUCGGCCGCAGAAAAUAGCCUUCGCUGUCAUUGGCUAUGUCAUCCUCGCAUUAUUAGAGGCUGUUGGAUAAAUUGUGUUUUUCGCAUUCAUAAUUCAACAAUUCAUAAAUUGCUUCCACCUUCAUGAUGUUAUGCAUAUUUAAGCUUUAGUAGGCCUGUGCACUGUAUCAGACAUCACAUCCAAAGAAUUAAUGCUGUUAAUUUUUCAGUUAAAUUGUAAUUCCAUUGACUGUGAUUUCCGUUUGAAUUUCAAACGGGUGGUGGAAGGGGGCCAGUGCCCCCCACCCUCACCCCCACUGAUUUGACUGGAGGGGUAUGGUUCCCCACUUUUUGCAGGCUUCAUGGAUCAGCCUAUUAAUGGCUGAUGCCUGAUGGUAUCACAACUGGCUCCUCCCUUUAACAUUGUGCCUUUUAGUAAUUAACGUAGUGUUGUUUCAGCAAUUUAGAUUUCUGUCACCAGACUUGAAAUUUUGAUGAAGAUCAGCAAGGCAAAGCUUGCUUUUGAAAACCAUUUAGAAAUCUUCACGAUUUUUGAAUUACUCCCUGUUAACCUUGCCCUUGGAAUACAUGUCACUGCUCUAAGAGUGUACAUGUUGCUAAAGUGAAAACAAUGUAUGUCAGGUGCACAAUUAUGUGUGUGAAAGGCAUCAGUGCGAGAACCACCGGUUGAACUGACACACUGCAUGUAUAUGUACUCCAUUUGUUUGCACUACACUUCCUGGUUCAAAUGAUGUCAGGCUUAGGUUCUCUAUUCUUGGUACAAGGGAAUGAGUAUGUGCAGGCACAUAGGUGUCACCAGGAUUUUUCCGGGGGAGUGGCAAACUUUUUUGGGGGGAAGCAAAGUGGCCAUCAACAAGAAAAUGAUCAAGACGGGAGGGGACCAAUUUUUAGAGUUUUUUUCACAAAUUGAUGAGUUUUCAUCUUUGUUGCAAUUGUUACACUUUUGUCCUUUUGCAUUUUUGAAUUUUUUUCCAGUGGAAGGAAGAAUCCCCGUUUGCCCCUCCCUCCAUGUACGUUUGCACUCAUUGACUCAUAAUUUACUUGUAACCAGACUUGGUGACCUGAACUACCCGUAUAAAACAAGAAAUUCAACCAUGGCAGCAAAGAGUUGAGUCUAUUCCUUAAACAGGUCAGGUAAAAAGUGUCGUUUCUCAGGGUCUACAACUUCUAUAACAGUUGUGUGAUUUGCAACAAUAGUUAUGUCCAGUUUCAUUGUCUUUAGCUACAGACUGGAGUUUACACAAUCAGAAGCCACGCAGAGCAGUAGCUUAAACCUUCAUGAAAAUAUUCUGAAAAUUUGAUAGACGUCGUGUGAUAAAAAUGCAGUCAAUAGAACUGUUGAAUGUGAUGUGUACCCUGUACAUUAACUGUGCCAUUUCAAAGCUAUUUUUAAUAUUCUGUAAUCCUUUAUGAAAUAUGUGAUUAAUGGUGCCAUUUCAAAGCUAUUUUUAAUAUUCUGUAAUGCUUUGUACCUUGUACCUGUUCAUGUCUGUGUUCUGGAACAUUAUUGUCCAAAUUCUGGUAGGUGUUGGUAUAGCCGGCGAAGGCAAAUAAUGAAAACUCAAUUGGUGAGUAACAAGGUUUUCGGACAUUCUGUGGUAGAAUGCACUGAAUGCCUUGAUAAAUUGGGAUAGUUUUUGUUGAGUGAAGAUGUAAAAACGUCACAAAUCCCACCUUUUUCUUGGUACCCUGCACUGAAUUCUUACGUGAACAUGUACCUGUUACAGAAGAACCAAUGAUGAAGCAGUGGUCAUCUGAAUCAAAAAGGGCUUGUUGUACUUGACACUACACCCAGAAUAGAAAACUUGACUAACAGUGUACAUGUACCACUUCUCUAUCCCCAUGAAAAGGCACGUAAAAUCUGAGCAUCUCCUGUUCGUUGCUUCCAACACCUGCAUCAACACCUGCAUUGUUAAGGAUGAACUCACUAUGACUAUAAAUGAA